AUGGUCGACUUCAUGCUUCGUGGACAUGCUUUGGAGUCUGAGGUCGUGGAGGUGAGCGCCCUGAACGAGAGCGGCUUGACACCUCUAGAUGUCUUAACUCCCUCGCCAAUGGGAGCACGAGAUAAAGAGAUUGAAGAAAUUCUCACACGAGCCGAAGCUGUGCACAGAGGAGGACGAUCAAACUCACUCGCUUCAACACCAGUCUCAGCGAACGAUGACGAUAUGGAGGGAGGGGGAGAGUCCUUGGGCAAAAUACGCAACGUCCUGCUGGUCGUCGCCGCGCUAAUUGUGAGCGCGACGUACCAAUCCGUGCUUCAACCUCCAAAAAUCGUACAAGUUGUCAAUGACAAAAAUUCCAAGGAACUUGCACAGAGCAACUAUAACAAUAACGUGACUAGAAUUACUCGAAGUUAUGGCACUCCUCCAAGUAAUGUCGAGCUCGUGGUGUACAGCCUCUUCCUGUGUGGAAACACAUUCGAGUUCAUUCAGUCGAUCCAAAUGAUCAUUUGCCUCACCAAAUAUCUCCCCUUCAGGCUACUGCUUAUGCUAUACCUCAUCACAAUGGCUGUGACUUACUUUAACUUCACGACAUCCCUGCUAUUAACUUCACACUCGCUUGCGGGGGCCCGGACGUUGCUUGUAUCAGCUGUUCUUCUACUGAUACAGAGGCCGUUCGCGGUAGUUAUGAAUUUUUUCUUGGUACGACUUUUUCAAUUGCACCUCCUAGGUGAUAUGUACAAGCUAGAGAACAAGGACUCAGAGAAUGAGGACUCAGAGGAUAAGGUUUAG